GUACACUUAAAAGAGGAGAGUCCUUCUGUAGAUUCACAGUGAGAAGUAAAUGUUUUAGGAGCUAAACUGUGAAAUACUGAGUCUGCAACCAUGUUCAGCUGUAACCCUAGAGUCUCAGACCCCAUGAAUAUUCCCCCAUGUUAUUGUGACCUGGGGAAGUCUGCUAGGGACAUAUUCAACAAAGGAUAUGGGUUUGGAUUGGUCAAGUUAGAUUUGAAGACCAAAUCUUCUAGCGGAGUGGAAUUUACCACCACUGGCUCCUCCAACACAGACACAGGCAAAGCCUCAGGCAGCCUUGAGACUAAGUAUAAAUUUAAGGAUUAUGGACUUACAUUCACCCAGAAAUGGAACACCGACAACACCUUGGGCACAGAGCUUACCAUGGAAGAUAAGUUGGUUGAGGGAAUGAAGUUGAGUCUUGAAACCAUGUUUGUACCAAAUACGGGGAAGAAAAGUGGGAAGUUGAAGACAUCUUACAAACGAGAGUUUAUUAAUAUAGGUUGUAAUGUUGACAUAGAUCUCUCUGGACCAACCAUUCAUGGCUGGGCUGUGUUGGGCUAUGAUGGUUGGCUUGCUGGCUAUCAGAUGGCUUUUGACACAGCCAAAUCCAAACUCUCACAGAAUAAUUUUGCCUUGGGCUACAAGGCAGCAGAUUUUCAGCUGCAUACAAAUGUGAACGAUGGCACUGAAUUUGGUGGCUCAAUCUACCAGAAGGUUAAUGACAAGGUUGAAACAUCUGUAAGCCUUGCUUGGACUGCUGGUAGUAAUAACACUCGGUUUGGUAUUGCCACCAAGUAUCAGCUGGAUGAGAAAGCCUCUGUCUCGGCCAAAGUGAAUAACGCCAGCCUCAUCGGACUUGGUUACACUCAGACCCUCCGACCUGGUGUGAAGUUGACUCUCUCAACUUUGAUUGAUGGCAAGAAUUUCAGUACUGGCGGCCAUAAAAUUGGUCUGGGAUUUGAGCUGGAAGCUUAAUGUAGGUUUUGAUGAAGUAUUAGAUCUUUAUUUGGAAGAUGAAGGAGAAAAUAAACCCCACAUGUUCUGGCCUUAAACUCUUCCAUGAAACUUCAAAAAGCGUGAACUUGAUAUUCUUCCAAAGAAUUGUUGUAACCCCCAACACUGAAGUCUGGAGAGCACAACCCAGUGAAGGGCAAUACUUGAAGAAAUGCAUGGAAGUUGUAAUGGUUGUGCUACAUUUCAGUUCGGUUCCUCAGUUAUUUUAAAAGUUUCCUCAGAAGACAGCAUAGCAUCUGGUUAAAGGAAGAAUCUCCCACUUCCCCAUCCUUCUGUGUUACUUCAUCACAUCGUGCAUGUCCGACAUUUCAUGAUCUUUUGUAAAACCGGUCUCUGUGCUGUAGUGAAAACUCUGGUUUUGCAUCAAAAUGGAAAUAAAUGAAAUCACAUUUGGAACCCAA